GGGGGGUGAUGGAGAGAAUGCGGCAAUCCAUUGGCUGCGGGCUUAGUAAAUUUCAGUCGGCGUAGUCCAAUGGCAAGCGAGCGGGAGAGAGAGAGAUGGAGAGAGAGAGCGAGGGAGAGAGAGAGAGAGAGAGAGAGACCUGGUUUCUCUAUCACUAAUCUUGUCCUCGCGACGCACUCCCUCUAUGAGCAAUUAGAUUCAGCACCGUUUCCAGUGCCUCUGCGAUGACUCAUUGAAACAUCUCCUGCGCUGAUCAAGCCGCAUCUAUAUUGUGCGCCCGACACACACACACACACGCGCGCGCACUUACGCACGCGCACAGGACGUAUAGUUGGGGCUGCCUUCAGUGGCGCCGGGACUGCGCUCCCGACUUUGGAUUUGCCGAGCAGCAGGCUGGACGUGGACUUUAUUGCCUUUUUUUUCGUCUUUCUCUUCCCCCCGAUGUGGCGUACAUUUGCGCCUGAAGUGGGGACUUGCGUCAGAGAGUCGGACGGCGGAGAUUGAGGAUUUCCCAUCAAGCUGGAGCCCAGGUAGCCGGAGACCACCACAGGCCCCACCCUGCUCUGAACGAGGAAGUCGUACAGCAGACCCUCGGGAUGGAGAGUUUUGAGGAAGCUGCUCUGUUUGGCUGGGGCAGCCUGUCUCAGUUCGCAGCCUGAGGAGCAGGAGCGGGAAGCAUCUUGGCGGAGGGGCAGGGGGUGCGCCGAGGACCAGAGGUCGACCGUAACCACGAAACCACCAGGCUCGGGCUCAGCACAGCAGGAGCAUGUCAGUGCCCAGAGGCCCUUCAUGGAUGCGUCGCUCCACAGCCAAGGCGGCGCUGCCGCUGUGGAUGGGGUUCGUGUCCGUCUGCGUGGCCGCUGUUCAGGCCCAGCAGCACCCCGUGGUCACCACAAAUUAUGGAAAACUGCGGGGAGUGAAGGUUACAUUACCCAAUGAGAUCCUGGGACCGGUGGAGCAGUAUUUGGGGAUCCCGUACGCGUUGGCGCCGACAGGGGAGCGGCGGUUCCAGCCGCCGGAGCCGCCCAUGUCCUGGCCGGGCAUCAGGAAUGCUACUCAGUUUGCUCCGGUUUGUCCUCAGUUCUUAGAGGACCGCUUUUUACUCAACGACAUGCUCCCCGUGUGGUUCACAGCCAACUUGGAUACACUGGUAACUUAUGUGCAGGAGCAGAGCGAGGACUGCCUGUACCUGAACAUCUACGUCCCCACGGAGGAUGACAUCCACGACGAGAACGGGUUGAAGCCCGUCAUGGUUUACAUCCACGGGGGCUCCUACAUGGAGGGAACGGGCAACAUGAUCGACGGCAGCAUCCUGGCCAGCUACGGCAACGUCAUCGUCAUCACAAUCAACUACCGGCUCGGGGUUCUGGGGUUUCUAAGCACAGGCGACCAGGCUGCCAAGGGCAACUACGGCCUGCUGGAUCAAAUUCAGGCCCUCAGGUGGAUCAAGGAAAACAUCCAGGCCUUCAAAGGAGACCCGAAGAGAGUGACCAUCUUUGGCUCUGGCGCCGGAGCGUCGUGCGUCAGCCUGCUCACCCUCUCGCAUUACUCAGAAGAUCUGUUCCAGAAAGCCAUCAUCCAGAGUGGCACGGCACUGUCCAGCUGGGCGGUCAACUACCAGCCUGCCAAGUACACUCGAGCCCUGGCUGAGAAGGUGGGCUGCAACAUGCUGGACACCAUCGACCUGGUGGAGUGUUUGCAGAACAAGAACUACAAGGAGCUGAUUGAGCAGUACAUCACACCCGCAAAGUACCACAUCGCCUUCGGGCCUGUGAUCGAUGGCGACGUGAUCCCAGAUGACCCCCAGAUCCUGAUGGAGCAAGGGGAGUUCCUCAACUACGACAUCAUGCUGGGGGUCAAUCAAGGGGAAGGGUUUAAGUUUGUAGACGGCAUCGUGGACAGCGAGGAUGGGGUGUCCGCCAAUGAUUUUGACUUUGCUGUGUCGGACUUUGUGGACCACCUCUAUGGAUACCCGGAGGGCAAGGACACGCUGCGCGAGACCAUCAAAUUCAUGUACACAGACUGGGCAGACAAGGAGAAUCCGGAGACCCGACGCAAGACCCUGGUGGCUCUGUUCACCGACCACCAGUGGGUAGCGCCGGCAGUGGCCACGGCCGACCUCCACGCCCAGUACGGGUCACCUACGUACUUCUACGCUUUCUACCACCACUGCCAGAGCGACAUGAAGCCGAGCUGGGCCGACUCGGCCCACGGCGAUGAAGUGCCAUAUGUAUUCGGAAUCCCUAUGAUUGGCCCCACGGAUCUCUUCAACUGCAACUUCUCCAAGAAUGACGUGAUGCUGAGCGCUGUCGUCAUGACCUACUGGACUAACUUUGCCAAAACCGGGGAUCCAAACCAGCCAGUUCCGCAGGACACAAAGUUCAUCCACACGAAGCCCAACCGGUUCGAGGAAGUGGCCUGGACCAAGUACAACCCCAAGGACCAGCUCUACCUCCACAUCGGCCUCAAACCUCGAGUCCGGGACCAUUACCGGGCUACCAAGGUCGCGUUCUGGUUGGAGCUCGUGCCGCAUCUCCACAACAUCAAUGAGUUUUUUCAGUACGUAUCCACCACCACCAAGAUUCCCCCGCAGGACACCACCCCCUACCCUUACACCAAACGGUUCCCGAACAAAAUCAGCUGGCCGUCCACCACCCGCCACCCGGGGGUGCCGCCAGCCAACACCAAGCAAGCCACCGACCAGCACAAGAGCGGGGACCUGACCGACGAGUCCACUGUGGUGAUCGAGACCAAGAGGGACUACUCCACCGAGCUCAGCGUCACCAUCGCCGUCGGGGCCUCCCUGCUCUUCCUCAACAUCCUCGCUUUCGCUGCCCUCUACUACAAGAAAGACAAGCGGCGGCACGACUCCAACCGGCGCGUCCCCACCCCGCAGCGCAACUCCGCACCGGCCAACGCGCCGACUACCGCCAACGACGUGGCCCACCUGCAGAGCGAGGAGCUGAUGUCGCUGCAGAUGAAGCAGCAGCAGCUGGAGCACGAGCACCACCACGAGUGCGAGCCGCUGCAGACCCACGACACGCUGCGCCUCACCUGCCCGCCGGACUACACCCUCACCCUGCGCCGGUCGCCCGACGACAUACCCCUGAUGACGCCCAGCACCAUCACCAUGAUCCCCAACUCGCUGGCUGGCAUGCAGCCCCUGCACAACUUCAACACUUUCGGUGGCAGCCAGAACAGUACCAACUUACCCCACGGCCACUCCACCACGCGGGUAUAGCUCUGCUGGGACAGGAUGGCGGCGGGUUCCUUCUGUACCAGCAACCGACCGCAGCAGGCCCAAACACGAGCGGCUGACUGUGUGAAGCACAGACUCCAAAGUCUCAGCAGAUGUUAUUUUGCUACCAUGCCUUCUCGAGAAGUAUUAACAGUACGGAUUGAACUCGUGAAAAUAUUCAAAGUGAAUGUUACUGCAGUAAUAACUCUAUUUGGAGAUACGGUUUUCGUGGGAGGUUUUCGAGGAGUUUUACCAAAACAAAAGGCAACCAGGGGAUGACUGUUAAUAUUCUUAAAAAUAGAGAGAUGAGCACUUCCUGUGUGACAACGGAAAGACGUUCUGUGCCAUAUAGACACAAUCGGACGUUAGUGGCAACGGUUGUCGAAAAAGCAACAAUUCAAGCUGGAACGUCGUCUUUUCAUGAUCCUUCAUGCAUCAUGACACCUGACUUGGGCACACAAUUCUACACGCCAGCCUGAAAUGUAUUUAUGAAAACUUUGUUUAAUACAUUCAAAAGAAAAAAAAGGUAUAUAGUUGUGUGUGGAAAUUUACAGAUUACAAAAAGAAAAGAAGAAGAAAAAAAAAAGAUAUUAGAAGAGCUCCUUUUGUUGUUUUCGUUUUGGCUGAGAAGUUCUGUUUUCUAUUGGGGGUUUUUUUCUUCCAGCUUGCGCUUUCUGUUGAGGUGUGUGUAAAUAUAUUUGAACACCCUCCAUUCUUUUUUUUUCCCAAAUUAGAAUCUGCGUUUCAUUCUUUUUCACACAACGACCAAAACGCGAACACAAUCCCAUCCCAGAGGAGUUGCAGAUUGAGCGUCUGCCGGUAACCACAUGCGGCACCGUCUCGUGCGUUUGCUUUUGUGUCCACUCUCCAGAUUAUUGCAUGUCCAGGAAGAGCUUCACUCUAUAUUCUCGGACACGUCUCCUCGUCUGACAGUGAGGACUGACUGGAUCUCGUCACCUGCCGUCAUUCUCUUAUGCUUGCUGUAGUUUUCUUUGUGGGCUUUUUUCUGUCUUGCAAUCUCAGCACUGACUGAGCUUAUAAUGUGACCAGCAAUGUAUUAUUUAGAAGUUAAAAAAAAAACAAGCAAGGCAGUGUUUUUUUUUUUUUUGUAUCAAUAUUAGUUGGAUAUGUUUGUAAAGAAGUAUAUGUUAGAUAUUUCAAAUUGUCAUAUGCUAGCAAUAUGUAAAGUAUUGUGCCAGGCUUGUGAUAUUUUGGGCAAAAAGCAAGUGAAUGUGUAAAUAGUAAUGAUAUUAAUCAUUAUAAAAUUAUAACAAAAUAACCAUUAACUCUCUUUCUGUUUUGCAUCCUAUUAUAAAAAAAGGUACAUCCAGAGGAUUUUAAGCUGCAUUUGUAAAUUCUAUAAAAAAAAAAAAAAAAAGAUAUAUUCUUGCCAUUUGGUCCCUUAACCAGUCAAGAUAAUGAGGAUUUUAAUGUAGAGUUUUAAAAUCCUUAGUUUGUCUUCAAUUUGUUUGCAGUUUUUGCCUUAAGUGACAAUAGAGAUAUUUCUGGCUGGACACCUGUAUGAACUUUUUCUGCAACAUUUUUAAUAAAAUAUCACAGUAUUUUCUAAAAAAAAAACAAAAAACGAAACAAUAAACAUAGAAUGUUUUUCUUGGAUGUGAUUGGAUGGUUGCGCGGUAUGUUUUCUUUUGACAGUUACUAUUAAUUAUUUUCUUUAUUGUGUUAAGCUGCUGCUAUAGAACUCAACUUUCCCCUGCACAUGAAAUGUCCUUCAGAAGCUCAAAGGGAAACAUCUAGCAUGCUGUGUUGGAUUUUCUCAUUAAAGCACAAUAACUUUAUGAAAAAAUAAUCAAACUGCACAAAUCAUAUUCACAGUGGGUUGCACUCGCCACCAAACAUCACGGGUCUGAAAUCGGUAUUUUGUCAUGUAGAGUUUUCUCUCAGGUUUUAAAACAGCGUACAACAACAGACCUGGAAAUCAUUUUUUAACAUCAUUUCAGGUAUUUAUUAUUAAUUACUCUAUUAUCACUCUGGGAGCUACUCAGUGUGUCUUAUGCUUAGUGCGCCUCUUCGUGCAGCACCACAAAGUUUACGCCUCAUUUAUUGGUGAGUGUGAGAGUAUGACUACACACAUAAUCAUCUCCCACUGCUGCUAAGGAUACACUUAUUAAAGCAAAAAAUAUUAUGCUGGUGAUUUGAAUUUACCACGUUGAGCCCUCCACAACUGUGUUGGUUCACCUGGCCUUUAUUUGUUUGCGCUGGCCAUUAUUAUUUGAGACCCUGGCAUUUAUUUAACAAGUGACACUGAACAAGAGUAGUAUGUUGUUCAGUUUGAAUGUUUGCAUUAGAGCUUAUCCAUACCACCGUACAGUAAAAAAAAACAGCCGCUCUGCCGUUCUGUGUAGGCCGACUCCUUCUGUUGCUAUGAUAUUAUGUAAUAAAUUCAGUAUUGCGUGCAUCUCCACAGCACUGAUUCCCCGGGUAUAAAGAGUGUCAACUCCAAA